GUUUUGCUUUGUGCACUUCCAUUCUUAUUCAUCAAUUCUGAGCGACUUUGCAAUCCCAAUCCUAUCAAUCCUAUCAAUCCACUCACCACCCCACCUCUCCCCUUUCCCUUCCACUCUGGCGAACCGCGCACGAAUGAGCUUCCUGCUAAACCUUCUUCCGCCGCGAGCGCUGUUCGGGGGCAUCUUCAAUCUGACCAACAGCAUCAUGGGCGUGAGUCUGCUGGCAAUGCCAUUGUGCUUCUACCAGUGCGGCCUGGCGUUCGGCAUGUUCCUCUCGCUCCUCGCAACCUUCCUCUCGCUCAUCUCCUGCAAGCUCAUGCUGCACUCGUCGCGCGUCUCUGGCAGUUCGAGGCGCUCGGUCUCCAGGCUCAUGGCAAGUGGGGCAAGCUCGCCGUCGAGGUCUGCAUCAUUGGCCUGUUGCUGGGCUCGUGCGUCGCCUUCUUUGCCAUUGUCGCCGACAUACUGCCGCGAUUCGCCUCUGUCUGGUUCUUCCCAGACCAGUCCGCAGUCGCACUGCGCACUCCAGUCAUGUCCAUCCUGGCAGUCGCCGUCGUCUUCCCGCUCAGUCUCAUGCGAAACGUCUCGAGCUUGAGCCCGCUCAACGCAAUCAGCCUGGGAUUCUAUGGCUGCUUUAUCGUUGCGCUCAUCUACAGCAUUGCCAGCCCAUCGGAGGCAGAGCAAGCACCCGAGGGCGCUCCCUCGAGCGAAUUGAAGUGGUUUGAUCCGAGCGGCUUUCUCUUGACGCUCCCCAUCUUCUCUCUUGCCUAUACCUGCCAGUUCGGCGUGUUUGCCGUGUACGCUGGUCUGCCCAACCCAAACCACAAGGCCAUGAACACUGUCAUCAACUAUUCCAUCUUUCUGGCCUCAUUCUUGUAUUCAGCUGUCGGCGUCUUUGGCUACAUUGCCUUCUCUCACGUGGACAUUGAUGGUGACCUGCUGAACAACUUUCCUGACGGUGUUGUUUUCUUUGACAUUCUCAAACUCGGCUUCUCCAUCUCCAUCAUCUUUUCCUUCCCAAUCACCGUCUACCCAUGCCGCGCCGCGCUCAAUACCCUCAUCUUUGUCCCGAAUGCGCCCGCGAGCACAACUCCGGAUGUCCUGCAAUCAGCCGCGGCACCAGAGCCCGUCAUUCCCGGCGCUCGCUUCUUUGGCUUGACUGCUGGCAUUGUCUUCUCGGCCUUGAUUGUCGCUCUUGCCAUUCCAGAGGUCGCCACUAUUCUCUCCUUCACCGGCUCUACAACGGGCACGUCGCUUGCCUACAUUCUCCCGGCGUCGACCUUCCUGGUGCUGGUGCGCGCCGCCGACGUCAAGCCUCGGCUACGGCGCAUUGCGAUUCUCAUUCUCGUCCUCGGGGUUGUCUGCUGCAUUGGCAGCACCGCGUUGGUUUUGUACAGCACCAACCCUUUGCCCGUGAAGGAAGUGACCAACUCGGUCGACAUUCCAAUUGAAGGGGACACUGGAGUGAAGGAGCGUGAUGUCUCAUCCAGCCUCAAUCGUUCCAUUUCGUCGCUCUCUUUGCAGUCAUUUUCUCGUCUCCCGUCCGUCGUCUCUCUUCCGAUCUCGUCAUCCGCAGAGGCAGGUUUACCGCCCAAAAAAUCCCUCGUCAACAAACGAUAA